AUGACUCCCAGAUCAGGUCUUGAGGUUUUACGAGAAUCUGGACUCUGUUGGAUACACAAAUGUCAUGCUGACCAUCCAACUCUGGUGGUGAUGCUCCUUGCCAGUGUGCUGAUGACUUGGCUUGAAGCUUCGAAACUCAUGGUGGGCCUCCAUGCCCCCUGGAACAUCUCUCAUCCAUUCAGUGUGCAAAGGCUGGGUGCAGGCCUCCAGAUUGCCAUGGACAAGGUCAACUCAGAGUUAGCAGGCCUGGGAAACUUCAGCUGGGAGUUCACUUAUACCAACUCAGUCUGUGGUGCCAAGGAGUCCGUGGCUGUGUUCAUCAACCAGGUCCAGAGUGAACAGAUUUCUGUGCUGUUUGGACCAGCAUGCCCAGAAGCAGCAGAGGUCAUUGGUUUGUUGGCCUCUGAAUGGAACAUCCCCAUAUUUGACUUUGUGGGACACAAGACAAUACUGGAACACCACCUCUUGUAUGACACCUGGGUGACACUUGUACCAUCCAUGGAAGAAAUUGGUGAUAUGCUACAGAAGAGUCUCUGGUUCCUGGGCUGGGAACACAUUGCCCUGUUUGGAGGCUACUCUGGGGUUCCGUCCUGGGAUGGAGUGGAUGAGUUGUGGAAGGUGGUGAAGCAUAAACUUGAACCUAAUUUCACCAUCACGGCCAGCGUGAGAUGCACUACCAGCGACCCAGUCCUUCUGCAGGAAGAUCUCAGGAGCAUAGCAUCACUUGCCAAAGUUAUUAUCUUAAUCUGCAGCUCAAAGGAUGCAAAAAUUAUUCUGUUGGCUGCAGAGAAUUUGGGACUCAACACCGGAGAAUUUGUCUUCAUUGUUUUGCAACAGUUAGAGGACAGUUUUGGGGAGGAAAUGAUGACAAAUGAAAAGGGGACACAUAUUCCAAAAGUCUAUGAGUCACUGCUUGUCAUCACCCUCAGCUCCUAUGAAGAUGGCCCUGGAGAAGACAGCUUCGGAUUCCGGAAACAAGUGUAUGAAAGGCUGAGGAGACCGCCCUUCCAAAGCUCCAUCUCCUCUGAGGAGCAGGUGAGCCCUUACUCUGCCUACCUCCAUGAUGCCCUCCUGCUCUAUGCUCAGACUGUGGAGGAGAUGGUGAAGUUCGGGAGAGACUUCCGGGAUGGGCAGCAGCUGGUCAACACUCUGAAAGCCAAUCUGACAGCAUUGCAGGGAAUCACUGGUCCCGUGUUUGUGGACUCCCAGGGAGAAAGACACAGCGAUUACUUUGUCUAUGCCUUAGAGAAAUCUGGAAAUGAAAGCCUUUUUCUUCCUUUUCUUCAUUAUGACAGCAAUCGGAAAGUAAUCAGACCUUUGAGGAAUAUUUCCAGUGUGACAUGUCUCCAUGGCUUCCAUCUUAGAGACAGACCAAGCUGUGGAAUUCAUGACAAGCUCUGCAAAAGUAAGACUACUUUAACUGGUAUGUCUGCUGUGAUUUCCACAAUGACGUUCCUCAUCAUGGCCUUGGGAGCUGCCAUCAUAGGUCUGGUGUUAAGGAUGCAUAGGGAAAAGUUGCAAAAUGAUGAUAAAGACAGCUGGUGGCAAAUCAGUUAUGACACUAUCACUAUUCUUUUUCAGAACAAGUCUUCCCAGAGAGGUAUACCUGCGACGAAAGGGACCAUGCACAGCUCACCUACUGUGAGGCUUCCCUCAGACGGCAGCUCCUGUAAGAGCCAGCAGGAAGAAGAGCUUUUUUAUGCUCCAGUAGGACUUUACCAGGGAUGCCAUGUAGCCAUCCGCUAUGUUGGAGACCACGCAGAAACCUGUAUUAGGAAGCCAAUUGUGCUGCAGGAAAUCCGGCUGAUGUGGGGAUUAAAGCACGAAAACAUUGUGACCUUCUUUGGCAUUUGCACAGAACCCCGGAAUAUCUGUAUUAUCACCCAGUAUUGCAAAAAGGGAAGUCUUAAGGAUAUUUUGAGAAACUCGCAUCAUGAAAUGGAUUGGAUAUUCAAACUCUCAUUUGCAUAUGACAUAGUAAAUGGCCUGCUCUUCCUCCACCAAAGCCCACUGGGCUCGCAUGGCAACCUGAAACCUUCUAACUGCCUGGUGGAUGGCCGCAUGCAGGUGAAGCUGUCAGGAUUUGGGCUAGGAGAGCUCAAGUAUGACUGCCCAUGCAGAACUUACGAUAAGGAACCCAGCAACUACUCAGAGCUCUUCUGGACAGCCCCAGAGCUGCUACGACUCCCAAUGGCACCCUGGUCCGGCACCCCAAAGGGAGACAUCUACAGCUUGGCCAUUCUCAUGAGGGACUUGAUCCACCACCAGGACUGUGGGCCCUUUGAAAACCUCCACGAGACACCAGAGGAAAUCAUCAAGCGAAUCAAAGACCCCAGGGCAUCUGUGCCCCUGCGGCCCUCCCUGUCCGAGGAGAAGGGCAAUGAGAAGAUCAUAGUCCUGGUGAGGGCGUGCUGGGACGAGUCCCCAGAGGAAAGGCCCACUCUCCCUUCCAUCAAGAUGAUGCUUCGAGAAGCCAGUCCCAAAGGCCGUGUGAGCAUACUGGAUGAUGUACUGGGCAAGCUGCAAGUAUAUGCCAACCGCCUGGAGGAGGUGGUGGAAGAGAGGACCUGCCAGCUGAAGGCAGAGAAGAGGAAGGUGGAGAAGCUUCUGUGCACGAUGUUGCCCAGCUUCAUUGGAGAACAACUUAUUGCUGGGAAGUCUGUGGAGCCAGAACAUUUUGAAUCUGUGACGAUCUUCUUCUCAGACAUUGUCGGAUUCACAAAACUGUGUUCUCUCAGCUCUCCCUUGCAAGUAGUGAAGCUCCUGAAUGACCUGUACAGUUUGUUUGAUCACAUCAUACAGACCUACGACGUGUAUAAGGUGGAAACCAUUGGAGACGCAUACAUGGUGGCCAGUGGGCUGCCCAUUCGCAAUGGCAGCAAGCAUGUGCAUGAGAUUGCCACCAUGUCUUUGCACUUCCUCAGUGCCACCAUCCACUUCCAGAUUGGACACAUGCCCGAGGAGAAGCUCAAGCUCCGGAUUGGGCUCCACACGGGCCCUGUGGUGGCUGGUGUGGUGGGAAUCACCAUGCCCAGAUACUGUCUGUUCGGAGACACUGUGAACAUGGCCUCCAGGAUGGAAAGCAGCAGCUUGCCUCUUCGGAUCCACGUCUCUGAGAGCACUGCAGGUGCUCUGCUGAACACAGGAGGAUACGAUUUGCAAGAGAGAGGCUCCAUUCAAGUCAAGGGCAAAGGAGAACAGACGACUUUCUGGUUGAAAGGCAAAGAAGGCUUCACAAACCCGCUCCCCGAGUUUACUGAGGAAGAAACCUUUGUCCCCCAGAUCCGGUGA